UUUUCCAAAGAAAGUUAGACUAUGUUUCCACGGGGCUUUUCCGACACCCGUCAGCACAAUCGCCACGCAGCCACCCAAAAGCCGCUGGCCUCACGCUGUCGCUUUGUCCCCACCAGCCUGCGAAUCACACAAAUAUCCCAGAUGAACUUCACACCCCGGCGGCCGGUAACCGACGUGAGGUGCAGAGCGGACAGCCGGGCAGGACACCGGAGCCUGGCAAGGACGCCAACCUGACACUUCUACUUGCGCCCAGCGAGUGCCCGCAGCCCCCGUGGAGAGCGAUGUGAAGACGGCUCCGCUGUCGAUGCUGGGCCGCCCAGGGCCUCUCCGCCACCUUUGGGCCAGGAUUAUUAGCAGGGCGGCGGGGCACCGCCGGGGCUCAGCCGCAUCCCCCUGCGGCGCCGCUGCCCGAAACCCUCCGGGCCCGGAUCAGGGGGCGACCGCCGGCCUGGGCCCCCCCCGCCCGCCCCGGGGCUUGGCUUCCCGUGUUUACUCCCCGAUGCGCUGCCGCCUCCCUCAACUUCUCCGCUCGCUGGCGUUUCGGCCUCUGAAUGAAAGCCGCCCAACUCGGCAGAGUAAGUUAGCGGGGGGCAGCGCGGAGGGUCGGCCGGGGACCGGCCGGGGCCGGGCCGGGCCGUGCCGUGCCCGCCGCCCGCACCCCGCCGCCACCGUUACCCCGCGGCGCUGCCCGGGGCAGGCGUAGUUUACUCUCGCAGCCCAGCCCGGGCGGCCAAUGGACAGCGGCUGCCGGCGCUGUGGCCGGCACGGCUCCGCGGCUCCCCUCGGCGCCGGCGGCCCCCCGCUACCUGCCCCGCUCCGCCACCCGCCGCCACCAGCCCCUCCAGCCCAGCGAGGAGCAGCGCGACGAUCUUUGUGUCACUAUCACAUGACAAAGGCUUUGAGACAGCUUCAUCUUCGUCUGUCGGUAAUUUCCAUUUGCCUUCCUGGGCAUCAACUAACUACAUUUUACAAACAUUUCAGAACCAGUGUUACCACCCCUGUUUUGCAGAUUGCAGAGUAGACCCAGGGAUGUUCAGAGAACUACAGAAGCAGUUUUCACCACCCAGCUGGAGCCAGACUUGGAGUUUUUUUCAUGAAACCACUUCUUCUUUGACUGUCGGUUCAGAAAUGUCACAGUAAUGAAAGGCAGUAGUAGGAAUAAGGAUCAUUCGACAGAAGGAGAAGGAACUGGGAAGCGACCAAAAAGAAAGUGUCUUCAGUGGCAUCCCCUGCUUGCCAAGAAACUCCUUGACUUCUCUGAAGAGGAGGAGGAGGAAGAAGAGGAGGAAGAUAUUGAUAAGGUGCCGCUCCUUGGUGCUGACGGUUCAGAGCAGGAUGCUGAUGAAACCGAAGAUGAUGAAUCCUCAGAGCAACGAGCUCGCCGACCAAUGAAUGCGUUUCUCUUGUUCUGCAAACGCCAUCGCGCUCUCGUGCGAAAAGAACACCCUCGCCUUGAUAACCGUGGCGCAACCAAGAUCUUGGCAGACUGGUGGGCUGUUCUAGAUCCAAAAGAAAAGCAGAAAUACACUGACAUGGCCAAGGAAUACAAGGAUGCAUUUAUGAAGGCAAAUCCGGGGUACAAGUGGUGCCCCACAACAAACAAACCUGUUAAAACCCAAGCAUCCACUGUUACAAACAGGAAAAAACUAUGGGCCUUAGCAUCAGAUACUGCAAAAGAUAUACCAAGCCCGAGGAAAACGACAAAAAGUGAAGAAAUGCCACAGCUUAACUUUGGGAUGGCAGAUCCUACACAAAUGGGAGGCCUGAGUAUGCUGCUUCUAGCAGGGGAACAUGCCCUGACUGCACAAGAGAUUUCCUCGAGUACUUGCCAAUCUGAUGCAACUAAUUCUACGGAAACCUGUCAGAAGUCAUCAUUGUUUCAGUUUGCAGAGAUCUCUUCAAGCACAUCACAGCCUGGAGUCCCCGGAGCUGUAAAACAAACCGAGGAGUCUGCAUUAUUUCAGUUUGCUGAGAUCUCAUCAAAUACUUCCCAGUUGUCAAGUCCUGAGCCAGUAAAGCAGUGUGGGAAGUCGGCACUCUUCCAGUUGGCAGAGAUUUCUUCAAGUACAUCCCAUUCAGGUCCUUCUGAUUUAACAAAACAGUGUGGAACAUCAGCAUUGUUUCAGCUGGCAGAGAUGUGCCUUGCUUCAGAAGGAGUAAAAGUGAAAGAACCUGGGAAAACAAAAGUGGAAGCACCGGAAGACGUGGGAAGGGAAGUUUCAGAGGAAAUGGAACGAGAAGAACUGGAGAAAACAACAAUAAAAGACUCCUGUAAAGUAAAAGUAGAACAAUCGGAGACAGAGAAAGUGCAAAACUGGGAUGAGACAAAAGCUGAGGAAUCAGAAACUGCAAAAUGCAGAGAUUUUACUAGUCUUGCAAUGGAGAGCAGUCCUUUUGAGAGACAUGAUAACACGAAGGAUCACUUGUGCUGUUCUCCAGAACUUUCAAUGGCUGACAUGAAUAUCCUCGGGCUAAAGCCAGAAAAAAUAAAGAAGAAAAAGAAAAAAAAUAAGUUGGACCGGCACACAAACGAAAAAUCCACUCCCAAGAAACCUUGUAAAAAGAGGCAGUCCUCCGAAUCGGACAUUGAAAGUGUAAUGUAUACAAUUGAAGCCGUUGCAAAGGGGGACUGGGGUGCUGAGAGACUCGCAGAAACCCCCCACAAAAAACCCCGCCCUGUCUCAAAUGUGAAGGGAAGCGUGUUGGAUACAAAAUCACCAAAGAAAAAAGUGAAAUCGAAAGAGAAGAAAACAUCAAAGGAGAAACCCCUGGAGACCACCAAAGAAUCAAAGCCUCCCGAUUUCCUUAGUCUUGCAGCCAGCAAGGAAGUACCCUGUGAGGCUUCUGAUAACAUUAAAGUGGAACCACUGACCCCAACAGAGGAGGUGGUACCCCAAAGCUUACCAGGACAGGUCAAAACUGAGGACAGUGACUGUGUUAAAAAAAUAGAAACCUGUGGCUCCAGGAAAUCGGAGAGAUCUUGCAAAGGUGCUCUAUAUAAAACUCUGGUGUCAGAGGGCAUGCUCACGUCUCUGCGCGCUAAUGUGGACAGAGGAAAAAGAAGCUCAGGAAAAGGCAACUCCUCUGAUCAUGAAGGAUGCUGGAAUGAAGAAAACUGGGCUUUUUCCCAAUGUGGCACAAGUGGGAACAAGAAACUGAAAAAGCCUAAGCCAAAGGAAGAGUUUGUUUUUGGCUUAGCAAAGUUGGAAGAAGAAUUUGAAAAGAAAUUCAACAGCCUCCCUCAAUACAGUCCUAUUACCUUUGACAGGAAAAAUUCUGCUGUUCCAAGGAAAAAGAGAAAGGUUGGAAGUGGCUCAUCUGAACAACCAAAAUCCAACAAAGGUUCAUUCCAGUCUCAGAAAAAGAACUUAUUCUACAAAAUUGUCAGCAAAUGUAAGCACAGAAAGGAGAAGCUUAAUGUUCCGGACACAGCCAUAUUCUCAGAAGACAGAAAUUCCAGUGACUCUGCCUGGAAGAAUAAAUUUUCUAUAUCUGCCCUAAACACUCCGGAGCCGGUAAUGAUGCAUGAGCCUUUAGUUGGCAGCCAGAAAAGGAAAGCAAGGAAAACUAAGAUCACUCAUCUUGUCCGAACAGCAGAUGGUCGAGUGUCACCAGCAGGAGGGACACUGGAGGAGAAGCCAAAAGAGCUGCCACAAAGUACUCUUCAAAAAACGCCAAGCGCAGAAACAGAUUGCAACAGUGAAUGCUCCAGAAAUGCAGAGACAGAAGAAAAUCAUAGUAUUACAUCAGAUAUGCCAGCGGUGUCUGCAUUUUUUAGCUUAGCUGCUCUGGCAGAGGUAGCAGCUAUGGAAAAUGUACACAGAAGUCAGAGGGCCACACCUCUCCCACAUGAUGGACAGCCAAAUGAAAUGUCUCAGGCUCCAGUGCUUAUUUCCUGCGCUGACCAGUGAAGCUCCACUUUAUUGUAAAACAUUGUGCUUUACCUAAUAUCCUAGCCUUGUCUUUACCAAGGGAAGCUAGUCAGUCCAUAUGAUGGAAACUAUAGACUGCAAGCAAGCGUUUAUUGCUCUGAGUGGCCCAGAAUUCACUGGAAGUCAGACAUUAGCAACUUGGGCCAGGUCCUCAAAUCGGAUCCAGUACGUAGGAGGGUGAUAUUAAUUGUCUAUUAAUGAACAGAAAUGGUAUGAUCCCAGAGCUUGCUUUCUAUUGAAGGCUUUUAAACAGUAAAUAGGUGGUUGGUGUGAAAAAGGCUGCCUUUACUGUAAGCUCACACAGCAUCUCUUUUACCAACCAGAGAGUACGGCAACUAGUUUCGUAUAAUACCUAGUUAUUCUAAAUUAAAAUGAAAAAAAAAAAACAACAACAAAAACACUGACGCACUGCACUAGUUAUUAUUAGAUAUUCUUAGUCAUUUUUGUACAUGAAGAUUUAAGUUCUAAGAUGGUUUAUAUUAAUAGGUUAUGCCUACAUUUAUAUUGUAGAAUGAAUUUAAAACCUGUUCCAGAGAACUCAAGGCAGCCUGGACAGAUGUACCAUUGUUAGCGGUGUUUGGGCAGCCAUGUGGUCCAGAUGUUCUGCACUUUUAUAUUUGCCACCAGAGUGGUAGAGUUUACUGGCAAAAAUUCUGACAGGCUAUGUUUGGGUUUGUUUCUUUUUAAUUUAGCUUUGAAUAACCAGGAUGAUGUGCAUUAGAAAAAGGAGUGGUGUAUGGAAAAGAAAAUACUGCAGAUAAUUGACAUGCCUUGGAGGGUUCCUUUAUUUUUGCAUAGAUAUCUGAGCGACUUGGUGAAACUUUCCUGUAAACAAAGAGUACUGCAAAUGCGUUUUUCAAAAGUGACCUUAGUAUUAUUUCACCGUUCUGAAAAACCUAAAACCGUGACUUUUCAAUAUACAUGUACACCGAUACACAUACCUUUUACAUUUUACAGACACUGGCAUUGUUGUAGUUACUAUGCACAGUCCAGAUCAGCUUCAGAGUUUGCGUAAAGGGCCAAUUACAGUUUGUUUUGGUAAAGUGGCAAGUUGUACACAGGUAAACUACAAAUGAAGAGUAACGUUUGACUGAAUUCAGACUACCAAACAGAUCCAUCUGCCAGUUUCUGUCUUUGCUUAUGUUGAAUUUUUGUGUUUUGCUCUCAUAAAUACAUCCCAAAAGCAGGCCAAGUGUAUCACUUGACCUGUCAUCUUCGCUAUCGUGACUUACACUAUUGUAUAACCAAGCAUUGAUUCCUACCAACAGAUGCAAAACGAUCACUAGUAAUUGAUCUAAAGCUACAAAUUCAACAGGGUACUUCUUCUAUAGCACAAGAUGUUUCCCUACUUUUUGCAUUGUAGCACAACAAUUUACCAAAUUGGACUCCAGCAAUAAUUUUCUAUUAGUCUUCGUCAUACCGGCUGAACUUUUGAUAGUAUUAGAUUGAGUUUGAAGUUCUUUGAAUUAAGUCUUUAAAUGAUGCGAGUUUACAUCAUUCUAUCAGGCAUUCUUAUUUAUACUUGACUGAAUUGAUAAUGUGUUUUGGGGUUAUUUUGUAACUAAUUUGAUGUAAUAGCCAUAUGGACAGUAACUCUAUUAAUGCUUGCUAGGUUUAGCCUUUCAUUGUUGUAGUUAAGUGAAAGUCUUUGGUUCAGUGUCGGGAAACAAUAUACAACAUACCACGCGAGUUGUAACGAAGGAUUAAAGGUCUGACAAAAGGCAGGGAGCUGGGGAAGUGUCACUGAAACAGCACCAUCGAGGAUGCAUGUGUUGGAAGAAGGGAACAGCAACAAAAGAACAACAUUUACAAGCCAAUGAGUCAGUGAAAAGGCUUUUUAAAAAUUCAGGUGAAUAUAUGACUAAGAGCCCCUGGAAUGCCAUUGCAGCCUGUGGCAGUAUUUUUAAUAAGAUUUUAUUAAAGUUUUAUAAGUUAUUUUAACAAGACAGAAAAAACCUAAAAGACUUAAAACUGUUGGGUCACAGCAAGGUGGCUGUUGGUGUUUUGGACCACUUUAUAAUUAGCUGAAAUCCAAAUAUGUUACAGUGCAGGCCGUUCACGUUGACAAUGGUACUAACUUAUUUCUCUAGAAACCUUUAGAGUAGAUAUAUUUUUGUCAAAGCACCCCAUCCUUCCUCGAUUUAAAUUUCAAUAUUGUUCCUGAAGAUAUUUCUGUAUAUUAAUGGUACCUUUUUUAAAAGAAACAGAAAAUUACUUUUUUCUAUAUGAAUUAAUAUCUUACUUGAUCUGCUUUUCCUUGACUUUCCCUUAGAGAGGGGGUAGGGUUGGGUCAGUUUACUGGAUAUGACUGUUUUCAGAUACUUAUAAACCUUUUUGUAGAUAUGCUUAAUUUUUAAGCGAUUAGGCACUGAGAGUAGCAGAAAUCCUGCAAAGCUUUAUAGUUCACUAGGCAUUUGCCUUUGUUGGUUCUCUGAGUGAUGUCUUGAUUUUAGUAGCUAGAAUUUUCCCUGAAUCUACUAGAAGGGGUAUCAGUAUUUUCAGGUAACAAAGUCUGUUAGCACAACAAAAAUUUCAGACCAAUAUCUUACUGUAUUGGGGUUGGGUUUUUUCCUUGUUUGUUUUGUUUUAAUUUUUAUUAAUUUCAGCUGCUUUCAUUUUGGAAGAUCUUAUUGCUAUUGUGUGUACUUCAGUAUACCAGCAAACACUGUUACCCGUUAACACAUUGUCCACAAAUGCCUCUAGAGAAGAAAUUGUUGCACCUUAUGUAUAUCUCAAGCAAACCAAAAUAUGAUGCUUUUCUGCUUUGUUUAUUCUGAAUAUGUUGUAUCAUACUUUACUGAACCCAUUUUAACUUAGCUAAAGCUAUCAAUAUUUAUGCAUUUCACCUUAUUUUCUGGAUCUGAACCUGUGUAUAAAUCUUUCUUUAAAAAAAAAGAAAAGCAUUUACCGUAGUCGUCCUCUGUGAGUUAUCCAUGGGAGGGGGGAAUCUUGUCUCAAGUGUAAAAUGCAGUACUGUCCCAGUUUUCCUUGGCUUUUAUUUAUUUAGUGAUCUUUGAUAUUUCAUACGUAGUUUUGAGGUAUACUAAAUACAUUGUCGUAGCCGAAGCUACAGGUCUAAGCAGCUGGGAGAAAAUUACUGUAAUGUCUUCUUACUUGUUCUAGUACUGUAUACAAAUAUGGGAAAAAUGUUCUGCAGAACAUUUGAGAUGCAGAUUCUUAUCCCCACAGUAGGUUUUUUUCCAGAUAUUAGACCAAAUCAGUCAAAACACGAUGAUCUUAAAGGAUUUUGUGAUUCUAAAAACAUCUAUGGAGAUUACUUUAAUGCUCUGCUUAUGGCAGUAACUACCCCUUGAAUGUGCUGUGAUUUCAGAAAUAGAAUAUAUUUAUUUAAUAUGACUGAAUGCUCUUUUAUACUAAUACAAUAUCCCAAAGUCAUGAGCAAGAGACUUCUUGGUAGUUUGGGUGUCUAUUUUAUAGCAUUGGUGCAUGACUUUUGAAAUUAAAGUGAUAAGCGUUGUUGGAAAGGAGCACAGGAACAAGGGACUGGUAGAAGCGUGUGAACUUGUGGUGUUUAAAUUCCAGCUUUGGUCUUUAUUAUUUGGGUGAAAGCUGCCUUUGUAGCACGAGGCUGUAGCACGACUGCAUCCCGCAGUCUGUAUCAAGUAGAAGCCCAAGAGAGUUGUAACUCACAUCAGAACAAGGGAAUGCCUUACAGUUUGGAUGCUUUCUCUUGGAACAGGAUAUUAGAUUGAAGCAGUUUUAAUUUCCACUGCCUGUUCAGCUACUGUACGGGUACUGAACAGACCGAAGGCAACGGUUGUAGUUGUGGGACAGCUAAGAAAGGAUGAAAGGAAAGCUGGCCUUUGUUCUCAGUAUGGCAAAGUUAUGGCAACAAAGGGGAAUUAUGAAAAAAGAUAGAUGUAUAUAUAUAUGUGUGUGUGUGUGUGCAUGUGUGCGUGUGCGCCUGGGUGUGUACAUUCUGCAAAAAUAAAAAAAUGUAGGAAAAAACAAAAACAUGAUGGGUCUGCAAGAGACUAUAAUGUAUGUUGACCCUUUGAGUGCACUCCCUUUUUUUGAAUGCUGAGUCUAAUAUGGCUACCUCUCCUAAAAGACUACUUUCGUUAACUUCCAUUUGCAUUCAAGCUUGAUCGUGUAAUCUUUUCAGCCAUUGGUACCAUUUGUAUAUCACUGUGUGCUUUACUUUGCAAGAGCAACAUUUUUAUAGCGCAGGCGACGUAAAGGCUGAAUAUACAGUGGUAGCCAAACUAUGUUGUUGGAGCAUUUUUGUUUAACCUCUGCCAUAGUCAUAUGGGUUGCAGGACGUGGGCCCUCUAGCUCUAGUUGGUUCAGUGAAAUCGGUUUUUAUAACAGCAGAAAAUGCAGUGCUCACGGGGUGGUGGACUUCAGAUACUGCCAGAGGUGACGCAGUAAGCCAAGUGCUGCUCUUGAAACUUGUUCUGGAGUUUACGUUUGCAAUCCUGAUUUCGCAAGGAAACGUAACUGUGCAACUUGUGUGUUGUAUAUCAUACGUUAUCCAUUAGAUGCCGUUUGUUUGCCGUGCUUGUUUGAUAGAUCGUAGAGCUCCUAGGUAUCUUUGCCAUGUUUUGUAACACUUGUGGCAUUCUCCCUACCUUGUACAUACUGUGGAACUUUCACCUACAGCUGCCAGGAUGCCGAGGCACUUCAGGACACUGAGCGCCAUGAACGAGUGCGUUUAGUCUGUGAAAGAGUUACUUGCCUCCUCCCCUGAAUUCCCCAAUAAAAAGGCACAGUGAGGUUUAUGCUCUCACCUAAGUACUAUUAUAGUCACUUAUAUACUCAGUAUUUUCUACUGAAUUGAGAACUUUGAAGAAGCUUACGAGAUGGACGUAUAUUUUAUGUUCCCCCACUAAUUCUUCUAAGGCAGAAAUCUAGGAGGACUUGACAUGAGAUCUCCGCUCAGCAACACACCUAAGCUUACACUGAAAACCAUCCUUACUCAUGGGGCAGCAUUGUUGUUUGCACUGUGACAGUGCAGGAGCCCCGAUUACGGACCACUACGCUCUUGGAGUUAAGCUUGGGCUUGUGUGAUGUUCCUGGGGGAGGCACAUCAUUGUGACCUAGGGCCUUCAUUGACAUGGAAUCUUAAAAACGACUGCAAAUAGCUUAACAUUUAUUGAGUUCUUCCAGAUAAUUGUAUUGUAGUUUCUGGAUCUUAACUGUUACUGUAUACCAGCAGACCCACGCUGUACUCUGCUGGGAAAAAACACACAUGUACAGGCUAACUAGGCUUCCAAAUGUAAUAGUCUAAUCUACUUUUUUCACCCCUGCAACAGAAACCUUAUUUUCUCCCACACACUGCUACACUUUAAUCAGUGGUUGGGGCUUUGAAGGUGACAAAAGGAAGAGUGUCAUAUAUGUACGUGUGUCUGCGUGUAUGUAUACAUGUACAUACACACACACACAGGACGGCAGUGAUUUGCAACAUGUUCUCUGUACAGAAGUGUUCCCGUGUUAGGUCAAUAAAAUAACGUGAGAUUUCUCAGAUGAUAGUUUUCCAACUUUCUUGCUAGAUUUCAGUCUCUUUCCUUCACAUUACACCAUAAGGUGUGAUCUUCAAAAAUCACACCUGAGAAAAACCCACAGAUCCUGCUGACCUGGAUGCUACGAAAACCUUCUUUCUCAGCAGUGCUUGCUUUUAAUAACCAGUAUCUGUUGACAGUUUUAACACAACGGAUUUGCUAUGAUCUUUCUUCCUAGGGCCCGAUCCUUCAACUUUUAUUCUCACACAUAAUUCCACAGAAUUUUGACCCAGUAUUUGGCUUUAUUCUCUCCAAAGCUUCAUGUAAACAUGCCUUACAAGAGUUCGUCUCCAUCAAUCGUAUAACAAAGCUACUGCCUUCUUAGCUGUGUGUAGUUGGAAGUCAAUAAGCACAUUUCUAGAAUGUCGUACUUUCUUCAAAAACCUAUAAUUUGAUAUUUUUAAGUGCACAUGUUAAGUCAUGUGUAUAACAUGCUAAAGUACAUUAAACUGUGAUAAUGAAACUGAAUAAAAUAUUUAAUAAAAUAUUUGAAAUAUUUGAAAAGGACCUUCAAAUAGAUUUCUUUAUGUUCAUUCUAUUUUGGUUAUCUAGUGUGUGCCUGUAAACAGUUUCCCAUUUAAACCUAAUGAUUGCAAAUAAAUGCUAUUCAAACAGAGCUUCUUUGAUACUUCACCUGCUUUACUAUCAAAUGAUUGUUUAUUUGAACAUAUGGCUGAGUUAGCAGUAUUUGCAAAAUUUGGUUUUAGCUACAGCAUGAAUUUGUUGGCUUUUUUAACACUUAAAAAGAAACAAGCUCAUUUUCCACCUGAAAACGGAAGAUGCCAAAACCCAGAGAUGGAUCCUCAGAGCUGUAAGCUGUAGUUUCCUGUCAGACCAUCCAUUCAACUUCUGCACAAUGGCUGUGAAGAUGUUGCAUGCUUUGCAAAGAACUUCUGCCCAUUUGUUCUUGCUUACACAUGUCUACAACGGGAGCUUCCAUUUUAUUUUUAAAAACUUCUGGUUCAGCACUGUUGACAUUGUUGGAAAGAUCCAUAGACCCAUGCAAGUGCUCCAGAAUUCAAUGGAUUUAUAUUGGCAUAAAGCUGGAGACUGUGGGACAGAGAGAGCCAGGACUCGGUGCCAUUGGGCUGUGGGAGAAAAGUUUGCCUUUUCUCCUGAGCUUUCCAGGUAUCCCCUUUGUGUUUCUGAAUUUUGUCGUCUUUGCAGGGUUGGGAAGCUCAUUCAUAGUUCACACAAAUGUAAGAGGAGUCGUCUCACAUGAAGAAGUUUUUGGUCUUCGGACGCUAAGAGAACUUAUUCAAAAAUGGAUUCUCUUUUCGAAAUAAGUAGCCAUUGUCAUCAACGUUUGAACUUAAAGGUCCCCACUACUUUGGAAACUUAUUUAAACCAGGACUGUGUUCUGCCCAUGUAUUUUACCCUCCUGAGGCUUGAAAAUUAGACCGUUGGGGAUCUUGUCUUUUCCUGCCCUUGCGUGCCUGAAGCCUCCUCGUAUUUUUCUGAUCACAGAAGACCCGAAUACAGACUUGGUAGUAAAAGUCAGUAGAUACCAGUUGUUCACAUGGGAGCAGAACUCCUGUCUCUGAGUGAGAAGUAGCAGAAGGGAAGCCUUUAGUUUUGGGGUUUUUUUUUAACUAUGUGCCAUUUACUCAGGGAAGAAGAAAUGUAUGCAAUCUUGCACUGCCUUUACUGGGUACGUAUCAGUAUGUCUGCAAAGAAACACCAGGAAUGGAAGAGCUUCAACAUUAAAGGCCAUGUAAAGGUCGUACGUGGGGAAGGUGGAGAAAAGCUCUGAUUCAGUGAGCAAACAAAGCUGGAAGAAAUCUUGUUAUGAAAUUUAUAUUUUCUUGUUAUAGUAUGCCCAGUCAGGGACAUCGAAGUCACUAUUCUGGUUUUUUUGAUUACCAAAUUACCUUAAAACAGUCAUCUUCAUUCCUUGAACUCCUGUCUUUUUUCAUCUGCUCUCAUUCUGUUCUUCCAACAAAACACCUGCUGAAUCCAGCUAACUCUCGGUGCAUCUAGGUCUGGUUUGUUACCCAGCUCUCACUCACGUUGCUUCUUGCAGCCGCAUUGCAUUACGCUGACACUCUCUUAACUGUCAGGUAAGACACUUCCACGAAUACUUCUGGAAAAACACAGGGUGGAACGGCAUCAUCCCCCUAAAGUGCACCACACUUCUGCCCGGUGCUCAAACAUUCUCCCCUUGAUACCAUUUGUUGGGUUCUUUUCAUUGUUCAUCCCCGAGGUUUUUAACAUGCAGCUAACCCUGCUUCCAAACCCUUUUUUUAUUCCCCCCCUACAGUGUGUGACAACAUAAAGCAAGACGCAAAGUCUACUUGAGCAUACCGUAACCAUGUUAUAGUUCAUGAAGCUGUCGAUUCUUCAGUAGGACACUAGCACUUUGUAACAAAAUAUGAGACGCGUUCCUAUAUCUGCUGCAAAAUUCUAUUUUGUUUUGUUUUCAGAAAUAAAACCUGUAAGAUGUAACGCCUACCAUCUAUUCAGUGUCAGCUUCUUUUUGUGGACUGUUCUUCGCACAGAAACAGUAAGAAAUUGAGGUCUAAUAUAGUUGUGUUUAAAAUGUAUUGUAGAUUUCAGCUAGGCUUCCUUAGUUACUUUCUGAUAGGAGGUGAUAACAUUAGAUCUUCAGCAGAAGUAAGCGAGCACAAGAUGUGGCUGUCUCGCCCCCAGCUGAAACUCCAAUUGAAAAUCCAGCCUAUAUAAAGUGACACAAAAACUUUAUUCCAUGUAGAGCAGCACUUCAGCCUAUUUGUCAGCCCAUAAAACAAGAGGAACUAGUUAAAAUAGUCCCAGAAAUCAAACCAGUUGAGUUAGAGUGUCAGGCUUAGUACCAAAGUGUAAUUUUCUGAGUGCAGUCACCUGGUACUUUAACCCAUUCUAUGGCUUUGCUUAUUGCUUUUGUUACCUUUGUUCUUAGAUACGGAGAAGUAACGUUGAGAAUGUCAGGUGCAUUUAUUACAGUUUGCACACUAAGAGAAGGCCUGUGUUGCCAUCAUACAAAAUCCAGUUUAAGGAAAAAAAAAGGGAGGGGGAGGAGAAAUAAAUUGAGUGCUCAGGGGAUGUCCUUCUGAUCCAAAAGUAAGUAGUAUUUGGAGUACAUCUUAAAUAUAUGGCCCACCGAAGGCUUCCCAGACGUGGCAGGCCAUCAGGCUGCAGUCAGAUCAAUCUGAGCAUCAGUUUCCUUCCUUCCGCGGUCUGGGUGGGUUCCCUAAAUACACAGUCAACACCUAGAGUUAUGGUUUCCUUUCAGGCUUUCCUAGUAUGACAAAUCUUGAUUUGUGUAUGUUCUCAUGAGUGAGAUUCUUAAAAUGAUACUGCUGCUGGAGGAUUUAAAACUCAGCAGCAUGUUGCCAAAAGUUUCAAGGUCUAGUAUCUCAGAUACCAGCCUCAGAAAGUUUACCAUAAUGGGAUUUCUGUUCAAAUUGCGGCUCUCUAAAUGCUGCUGUCUUAUCACUGUAGUUUAUUAAAACAUCUUACCAUCUUUUCAGGAGUUAAGGAGAAUUUGGUAGUCAUAUAGUCCCAAUCCGUCAGUAGUUUAAGAUUUCUUUUUUGGUGUCGGUGUCCAGUAAUACUGACUGAGAUGUUCUAUCUGGUUUGGUCCUUGCUGGCUCAGUCAAACACCCAUUCUUGUCCAUGGGUGAGCAUUACCAGGACUCCCAGUUGCAGCAUUUGUCACAAAGCAGGGCUCUGGCAGAGGGAGGCUCUUUCGCCAAAAGCCUCCUGGCCUCUCCCCUUCAGGACAGCAAAGUGUUUCUGUGCUACAACAGCUUUGUCCAUGCAGCUGGGCUCUUUGCCCACAGCUGCUCAGAUAUAUAUAUAUUUUUAAAACAAAACAAAACAAAACACACCUCGCUGGGAACUUGACAGUAGAGUCAGAUCUUCAUGAAUUUCCAGGUUUUGGUAGGCGAUAGUUUGCAUGAGGGGUCUAAUGUGUCUUCUGUCAGAGCAGCUAUGUAAAUUGUGUGCAGAGAUUGACAGGUUACUGCAACAGAGCUGGGUUUCCUGUUGUUUCGGAGAGGAGUGUUUUAUAAUGGAAGUAAGGUGGCAGGGAAAUUACCAUCGCAGCAGAUGGACUAUUUCCUUGUCUUCAAAAGAUUCCUAUUUCAAGAGCGAGGUUUGCCAACCGGUCUAAAAAAAGAGGAGAAAUUGCAGUUCUAGUCUGUGGCUUGGAAUGGAUGCCAUGUUUUACUUCAGUGACCGCGGUGGUAACUUUUCAGUCGGAAGUAAUAUGUGAGCUGCUUGAGGUGUGAUGCAGUUUUAAACCAUCCCAUUCACCUCUAAAUGACAGACGUAUUUGGCGCAUGGCAAAGGUGUUGCCAACAGGUGCUUCCCUGCAUGUACGCCAUAAAUAAUACUAAGUGUUUAUCAUCAUUUCAAUAGGUGACGGAGAAAAUUCUUCCUGCUGUAUUUCAAGAAAAUAGAUUGUGCUUGGCUGGCACAAGGCAUAGUUUUACCCCAUAAAGUAACAGAGAGAAGCACUCACUGUGUGACUGUUUAAUCUCGGUACAUCAUUUUUUUCAAAACAUCUUUACCAGUAACUAUCUGUAGUGUACCAUAUUUAGGAUAUAGUUCAUUCAGCUUUGGGGUCUCUGAAAGGGAAGAUAACUACUUAAUUCUCGUGCAGAAAUCCACACCAGCAGGGAAUCUCUUAGGGAUGAAGCGUUGAUGAAGGAUGCUGGAUGCAAACGCCAGACCUCGUAAGACGUGUGAGAUACCAGAGGUGCGGUUGCAGACUGAGGAGCCAGCCUGUUGGCAGGUAUCGGCACAGGUUGACAGUGUGAUUGUGCUGACUUGCACGAGGGGAAAAGAAAAGAGCCUGUGGUUUACGCAUCAGGACGGCUGUAUUCUAAACCCAUUUGAUUCACUGAGUCCAACGCGUUGUCGUCCGGCACCGUGUGCUCUUGCCAGAGGGCGGCUGAGGGUUGCUGGGGCGGGAGGUUCCCUUGCUGUGCUGCUGCUGGUCCUCGGCAUUCGCUGCUCAGUGGGUUUCUGCAGCUCCGCGUUUUUAACUUACAGCUGGGUGUGGAGACAGUCGCAGGCUCCUAGAUCAGCCGUAGUGAUACUUGGUACAAUCGUGUCGCCCACUGAUGGGCGCAGCAGCCCCGGUGUAGAUUUAAGGCAGUAAAGUGGUAACCGGUGGUUCCCGAGCACCUCCGGGAUUGUCUCCUUGGGGUGGCCCAGAGCAGCUGCAGCCUGCUUCGGAGGAAGGACGGGCUGUGGGUUUUAUGGUGGCAGCACUGGCAAGCCUAAUCUGGGACGGGGAUCUGUGAACAGCAGAAACAGGAUGUUCAUAAAAAGUCAUUACGAUAAGCAAAGCAGAUUUUUACUCGGUCACAUCUGUACACACAUAACAAGAGGAUCCAUUUGGUCUUUUAUGGCUUUUAUACAAAAGCUGCCUGGAAUACGCGGUGUUUGCUGCCACGAGCUCUGACAUGGCAGCUGCACUGCUCAUGCAGCGUGCACUGUGCACUUGGUUAUUUAUGAACGAGUGAGGGGGAAAGAAUAUUUAUUUUUUACAGAUUUCUCUAUCUACCAGAUGGCAAAAUGUACCUGACAUACCUUGGUCACCGGGUGGUUAGAAGAACAGUAAUCUCCAUGUUAUCUGUAGGGCUGGGUCCUUAUUUUAGCAUUUUCAAACAGCCGCAUUUUUAAAAUGACUGAUUUGUGAGUUGUACGCGGGAUGUUUCAUGUGUGAGAACCAGGAAAACACCAUAAUGCGUAAGAGUCAAUAUAAAAGCAGUAGGUUUGUGUUCACAGGCUGAUAAUCGGCAGCUCCUUUGAAAAACCUAGAUAAAAAAUAAAUGUGCUCUUCCACCUUGGCAAAGUGAUUCUGUAAUUGCCAGUCAAGGGUUACCAGCAGGGAUUUAAAAGCAUCUUUAAUAAUGAAAUAAAAAUAUCUGGGCUUUUAGACCAUUCGGAAAAUACUCCAACUGCUUUGUGGGAUGAGUAAUUUUUUACUAGUUUUGAUUAAUAAAACCACAAAUACAGUUAGCUUGACAAUCCUCAAAUAAAUAGAAGACGGUGGAUGUCAUUUUUUAGAUGCCACGCGUUCCCUCAGACCUCGAUGGGAGUCCCUUGGCAGCACCGGCCCGUCGCAGUUGGUGGCGCUUGCGGGAGGAUGUGGUGGCAUGUCUGGAAUGUGCAGCUGCCUUCGGCACCAAACCACCCUCCCGUAAAUCUCAGCUGUUGGAAAUCCGUUGCCAUCAAGAUAGAAGGGUCAUAAAAGCUGUUUAAAAGUAAGAACUGGUUGGGUUUUGUCACUUUUGUCAAAUCUACUGUCCAACUGAAAGUGCUUUUUAUUUGAUAGAGACAAAACGUCUUCUCUGUAUGGUUUUGUUCACGUUGCUGGAAGUUGGGAAUGUCAAGCUUUGCUUAGAAAUUUCUCACCUUCCUUUUCAGUCAUCUCUCCUCUCUCUGCUCGAGCAGCUAAAAACAUGAUGGACAUCAGUAGCAAAACGUCCCGCUGAUUUUCAUUAGGAUGGGCAGUGUCCCACACCUUCCCGAGCUACUGCACAACUCUGAAAAGCCCACAGAGAGUAUUUUUUUAAGUAGUGGUAUUUUAACAGCAGUUUCCCCCAGUUUUGUCUGUGCAUCAAGCGCAGCUUCUGCAAAAAGAUAGGCACGAGGAGGUGGGAUCCUCCAGCAAAGUAGGUGGAGCAGCAAAGCUGGGCUCCUCAGCCCAAGCAGCGCCGGUGUUGGGAACCCGGCAGGCUUUUGAAAUAUGAUAAAUUAUUUGCUUCUCCUAAUAGUCUGUUGUUGAGAAUAGAUUCGUAGUUUAUGAGGAUUUGGCCUGGUUCAUUUUUUGGUGCGUGGCUUUAGGCCAACUAAUGUAGCUUGAAGUCACAUGCUGCUUUUUUAAAAACAAACCCAGCCCCCCUUCAGCGCUGCAUUUUAGACCUGCAACGUUUGUGUUAACUCAUACUGAGCCUUAACUUGCAAAAUAAAACUCUUACCAUGUUUCUAAAUUUCUUUCUUAGAGGGGAAAAAGAGUCCCUGGACAAUUAAAUUCCCUUUCUCCGUAAUUACUGAAGAAACCUUCAGAUCAAAUAAACGUAAUACCGGCUUUUCCGGUUACCUUGCCCACGUAGCCUCGCCUAAGCCGAGAGGUGCGCGUGGGGGAAUCCUGCGGGAUCAGGACCAUCAUUGCUUUCCCACCGGAGCAGGCGCCCCGGCCACGGGGAAGCGGGGUGCAGCUGCCCCACUGCAUCCGAAGGGAUGGGAUGGGGAUGCCCCGGCGGAAGGGUGUGGAGAAACCCCCUCAGCGCCCGCGGCAGAAAGCGGCAGUCGGAGCUGCAUCUGCAGGAUGCACGCAUCGAAGUGUCGUAGGCUUGUUGCUCUGCAUGUCAGUAAAACGGGGCUUUUAAUUUCCGCAUCUUUUGCCUGCUGCUGUUGGAAGGCUGUCCUAGGCACUUUGCGUGACAGAGCUUGUGUCGGGCGAGCAGUUCUCUCUGGUUUUGAGUUGUUACGGUGGAAGAUUUCACGGUGGCUGUAGCAGCUCUGGGUACUUGCCAUUGUCAUCUCCGGCCGUCUCCUUGGAAUACGGUGGUGGUGGUUGUCCCAAGCCCCUGUGCGCAUGGAGUUACUGCUGAUGCAAAGACUUUUUUAUCCUCGUAGUGUUGUUACUGGGCAUUGAUUUCAUCAAGAAACGUGAAUUCAGGAAGGACACCACAGAUUUUCAUUAAUUAAAUAAAAUGUGUCUUUUUUUUCACCCCUGUGAAAUUCAUUAAUUGGGGGGAAAAUAAUGCAGCGUGCAGACAAGCCUAUAGGAAAGGCCAGCGUCUCCAUAAAUCAAAUUCUGCGUUGUCUGCAUGCGUUCCUACGGUGAGGGCAGGUCAGCGAGCUGCUCAAGGAACUCUCCACUGCCGACAUGGUAAAUGGACGGAUUCCCGCGGCCGUCCAUAGGUGAGCGUGGCAGACCGGUGCUUCCGCUGCCGCUGUUCAUUCGCUUCCUCUCCUGCCUUGUAGGCUGAUUGCUCUUCAUGUGGUUAUAUUAAUUGCGCAGCGUAAGCCAGCCGAGAGGAGCUCGGUGCGCGAGGUCAGCUUCGGGCAGUCGCGUUACGUGGAAUGCAACACCGCAAAUCAUCGUCGCAGAAGUGUUGGUAUUUCCUAAUGGCGUUUCAUCUCGACGUUUGUGCGUGCCUGCUUAAAAUGUCCCAGGCUCCUAGCUUGGCUGGUUUUCCUUUUUUUUUUUUUUUUCUGAGGCAGAGUCGUGUUUGAUGUAAACCGGGUAAUUCUUUGUGCUACUUGUAGCAGAUUUUAAAAACCAGCUGCUCUUUAAAGCCGCGCAAGCUAUUGGCAAGAACCGGCAGAGAAUAUUUAAAAGACGCAGUGAUUCUUGUCAACGUGGUUUUUUCUUGCUCAUUACCAACUUGCCAACAGUUCAGUCAACAUUUUUCAAGAUGACAAAAGGCUGAAAGAAAACUCUUUGUGGCAGCUUCUGCAAUGUUCAGGUGAACAUUUCUCCACGUUCUUCUUGGCUUGCUGCUCCCCAGGUUUGUUUUUUUCAGGGGGAGUAUAAGAGUAGACAGGCUUUUGAUGCUUUGUGAGGAAGAUGUUGGCCGUCUCUUAAUAGGAUGUCUGAAGAGCUUGUGUGUGCUCCUGGACAAACAGCAAGCCAAAGCAGAAAAGCGAGCAGCCAGUCAGGAUAUUAAACACAUCCCGGGUCCCGGCGGGAUGAGAUGUUGACAGUGUUUACUUGGCACAGAGUCACAGGGACAAAAGGGACUUGGAGACGUCAGCUAGAGAGUUUCUCUGCCCUAAGACAGGUUAAGCUAUACUUAGCACAUGCCUGACGGGGGGGUGUUGAACCUGACCUUAAAAGCCUUUAAUAGUGGAGGCUCGACCAUUUCCACAUGCGGUUUUUGCCAGUGCUUGACUAUCUUUACGUUUUGAGGGUGGCUUAUUCCCGCAGUGCCUGAGUACAAGAUUUUAGGGUAUGGGAGAAAAAGACGGUGUCCUCAAAAGAUGUUAGACAGAGAAGCAUUUUAGCUGUUUUUACAAAUGCGGCCUUAGAAAUAAUGAUCAGAUAAAAUCUGAGACGAGAUUUUCAAGGAGCGCCAGCCCAACUUCAUUGCUAGCCACAGGACUCCUCCACGCCUUUGAAAAUCUCUUCCUUCAAAUGGCUUGUCAGGGUGACGGUUAAUAGCCAUACCAGAGAGGUUCAAAAAGACCUUUCUCUUCUGUGCUGUGUUUUCUAUCUAGCAGUUGCCUUUAAUUUUUUUUUUUUUACAGAGUUCUGUCAGUAAAAAAACAGAAACCAAAACCAAAAAAAAAACAAAAAACCAAAACCAAGCCCAAAACAACUCAGCUUGCCAGCUUUUUCCUGGGUACCCUUUUCAGACACUUCGAGUCCAUCGUUAAAGCCAUAUUGCAAGGAGGAAACCAAAGGCGAACAGCAUCCGUUUCAUUAGGCAGCGCUUGUGCCAGCCGCGCCGAGAGGCUGGUGAGCCGGCGGGCGCCAGAGCCUGCCCUCGCCCCGCGGCCGCCCUCUCUCAGCUGCUGCCAGGCUUGGAAAUGAGCGUUUUCCUGGCUGUCCUCCGUCAGGAUGCUGCUGGCGAGGCAUCGCCUGCACUUGCAGCGAGGUCCCUGCCUAGUGUCCGAUCCAGCCUCUCCCCGGGAGACGUGGGAAAAGCUGCCCGCGGUGGUGUCAGCCGUGCAGGGAACAGGACAUCCCUGGGUCUCUGCUUUGGGAUGGGGACCCACGGCUGUACCUGCGAUACUGUCUCCAGCUCUAAACCCAGGACUAGUGGAACAAUUUUGAAACAGUUAGGAGACUAAGGGAGCAAGUGCAGUGUGUUGGCAAGAGCGGUGCGCUCCCGAGCCAACGGUGCACUGAUUUAGCCAGGGAGAUGCUGAGGAGUCGCGGGUGGACAGACUGUGCUUUUCUCCGUGCCGAGUACCCAACACCAGGAGUGGGCAUUCAACAGGGAUGCAGAGGAGAGAGCACAUCCCUCGAGCAAGGGGUGCCAUUGCCUUCACUUUCUGCCUGUGCCGGGCUGUUGGAAGCUCCCAGCCUGCGCUCCCGGUCGCUGUGCCUGGCACCAGGGCAGGGUUUCGCUGUGCUCAGCAGAAGCUGUAGGCUUGCAGGAAUGGGUUGGCAAAACCUCUUCCACACUAAUGAUCCAGGCACGGGGCAAAUGUCGUGCCGGCGUGCUGCCGGGACCCGGCCCCAGCUCCCACCAGCCCUGUUCUGCAUGGCACCAUGCAGCUCGGAGGCAACGGCAAAGUCUCCUGGCUCUGGCGGUGAGCGACGUUAGCACCUUCUGCAGUGCGUGGCAGCCCCUUGCCAGCCCCACGCUGCCGUGGCAGGGGCCAGCGACACCAACGAGAGCUGCACGGGGCGCUGGGGUGGUGCCCAGCACCUGUCAUGCACGUCCUUGGCUUUGCAACCCCAAGAAGAAACAGCAGCGAGUGGUGGCAGAGGUGGCGCUGCAGGCGCUGCCGGAGGCGUGCAGAGCCCAUCAGUGGCCAUGGUGGCCCCAAGGCCCCCUUUAAGCUGCUUUACGUGGUGGUACAGACCCGGGCACUGACACCCAGGGAGACACAGCAAGGAAAAGCAAGGACUGAGUGCUGUAUUAAGAGCUAAUAUAAGUGAAUCCACAGGCGGGACACAAAGCAGAGGCCCUAGUAACACCGGCCUCCUACAGGAACUUGUUCCAGGUGUCGCCUGGCCCAGUUAUGGCACGGGCAUGGCAAGGAGCAGAUGGGUGAGGGACCCAAGUCUGUUUGAUUCCAGUAAGAGCCUUUGACAAAAACCAGUGCAACUGCGUACAGACCAGAGGCUGACUUUCUAAGGGCGGUAUCUCCACAGAGAAUCGGCUACGGUAGUUGGCAAUCUCGGAGUGUUGAGAGAAAAAGCAUUUUAUGGCGAAAAAUGAAACGGGUGCAGCGGAGCAGGUCAGAAAAUGCAAUUUCCUCAACAACCUUGUGAGCGGGAGAAACGGCACUUUUAUAAAAGGGGAAACGAGGUGUGUGGAAGGGAUGAACUGAUUUUGUCUAAGCCCAGUAAUCACCCCAGCAAGGAUGGCGGUAGGAAUUUUUGACUUCUAGUUUUACACACAAACUAUGAAAUACAGGGGAUGCCUGUCAAACUGCACUUCAGUUGCAAAUUAACCAAUAUGUUCAGCAGUCCCUGGCUUUUACCAUUGAUAUAAUCUUCAGAGAUGCCUGGAGAAGGAAGGGUGUUUUCCUCCGCGUUUCACAGUUUCUCUCCCUCUCCAAUAGACUCUUAAUCCCUCGUGCUCCCCCUGAUUUCCUAACUCCUGCUCAGCCCUAGCAGCCCUACCCAGGAUAAGCAAAAACAGGUUGCAGUGGUAUCAAAAGUGACAAAAAAGUCUGCGCUUUGCAGCGGAUCAACCUGAGCCUGACUUCCAAAUUACACCCGUUUCCUCAGUAGUCAAAAAAACAGAAGAGCAGCCAGUAAAGGUGAAUCUUUAGUUGAUUUUAUAUCCGACGUAUAUGCUUUUCUCUUAAAAUGUGCCCUUUCUUUUCUUCUUCACAGCAUAGCGGGGCGCUGCUCCUGUUUUCCCUGCUGUUGAGUAUCAGCGUGUGCUUUGAGUCCCGUAGUGCUGAAGAGGAAUUACUAACAGAACUGAGAAAUUACACUAAUCCUGUAACACUUGCAGGCACAAAAUUCUUACCAAAAUAUAUAUAUUAAAAAAAAAAAAAAAAAAAAGGAGCAUUUUGCUUCUGCUGUGCUUGCACGCGCAUCUGCAGAACAGCCAGGGUGAAGCAAGGCCCCGACUUGUGAGAUGAAGCAGUGCUCUGUGGAGAUGCAGGGACUGAGGUGACUGAGUUUUGGACAGCCUCCACACGCAGUGGCUUUCCCAAUAUAGGCAGAAGAAUUUACGUCGUGCACCGUACAGGUCAGCUUCUAGCUUGUGCGUGUGCCUCUCUUCUUAUGGUACUUACCUGCGUGCUCAGUUUGGGCGCCUGGAUGAGACAGAGGAGGACACCUGCGGCUUGGGGAGCCAAGGUUGCUCCUGAGGUCACUCUGAAAUACCUGUCAGGAAUUUUCUAGCUUUACUGAUUUGGAAGCAGAGAGGCAGAGGGUAAUGCUGGGUUCGGCGAGGAUGUGUUUGCCUGGCAAAGCGCUAAUGAUAGGUGUGCUUUCAAAUACAGUCCACCCUUCGUUCUCUAAUACUGCAGAUACCUCCUGUUCCAUCAGGGCAUCAUUCUUUAAAAUACCCAUUUUUAAGCUCCCCUGCCAAAACGCCAGGGUUAUAAUGGGAAACAAGUUAUUUAUGGCCACACGCUCCUUACUACAUGUUUUGUGCUGUACUCAAAAUGACGGCUUCUGUCGAGGGUGUGUUGUACGCUGUUGGUCGGGUGUCGGUGCUGGUACUGGAGGUCGUUUCUGCCUGUGCGGGGCUGGGGGUGCCAGGGGAGCAGGGCCCUCUUUCCCGCUGGUGGGACCGUGACAAGUCACACGGGCCGGAUCCCGGCUCGGCAGGUCGCCAGCAAAGGUUGCAUGCAGGCUGUGGGGGACACCCGGGUGCCUGUGAAAACGGAGCUGAAGCCAGAAACAUCCUUCCCACCCCCCCAGCCAUCUCGCUGAUGGGGUUUUCUGCCCGAGUGGGAGACCCCCGCGCUUGCGUUGCUGUGUGUCAGGUCUUCCCUGGGUCUGAGCCACUUAGGAGCCGUCCUUCAUGCAACCCCAGCUCCUCACCACCAGGGUGGUACCCCAAGUAGAAUAACUGUGUAUCAGGGUGUCAUCGCUGAUAUGGGAAGAGGCUUCUAGAAACCCUUACGGCAGGGAACGUGUUAAGUGACGCCUGCGUCGUGGACAAAAGUGAUGUAGGACCUCAGGAUCAGCAAAGCCUGGGGAGGGUUGGGCUGAGAGCAGAAUGGCAUCACUUACAAAGGGGGCCUUGUCCCUCGAUCCUUGUUUCUAAUGAAAAAUCCCAUUGGAAGAGUUGCUGGCCAUCUGCACGUGCAUUCUCCCGCUUCGCCUUGGCAAGGGGACCCCAAGAAGCAAGCAGCGAGCAGGCUAGAAUCAGGUGGCCACAAAAGGCAUCCCUUGGUCUCGCUGGGUCCUAAACGGUGUCCCCAGCAAACGUCUCUCCCUCCCCUGUCCCCUGCUCCGUGGCUUGGGCUCGGCUCUCGGGCAGCAGCAGCGAUGGGCGGCGCUCUGCUGCCUGCCUGCUGGCGGGAGCAGGAGGCCAAAAUAGCCCAUCUGGACAUUCUGGCCCAAAAUGCGUUUAAAGCAUUUCCUCAAAUAGUUGUUUUUAAUUUUACUAAGUCAUACUUAGUAGCCCUCAGGACACUGGCUGUGGAAGAGGGAAGGGUUAUGCCCUAAAAGUGAAAUAGGAUGGAUGGAUGGAUGGAUGGAUGGAUGGAUGGAUGGAUGGAUGGAUGGAUGGAUGGGUGGAUGCUGUGUGAAGGACUGCUGAGAGUUUGGUGUGGGGUGAGAGGCAUCACAUCUUCCUUAGAGAGAGGAGCCCUUGCAACGUGGUUUGAGCAGCGUGGGGUGGGGGGGGUUGGCAGGGGAAGCACUUUGACUGAGAAAUGUUCUUUUAGAUUAAACAACAAAACUCUGCAUGCACGUACAGACUAGUUCUUCAUAAUGCGGCCAGGCUUUGACAGUGUACUGCGGCAUUAUUGCUAUUUAUAAUCAACAAUUACUAACACUAUAAUCCAGUAAACUUAGUGGUAGCAAUUACAGCAACAUAAAUAGCAAUCCAGAUGACUAAAGGCGUUGCUGUCAAUGCGGACGGCAGCUAUAGAAAAAAAAUCUGGAGGGAAGAUAUCGGAAGUUGAUGUGCGAGCUUGGGUCUGCUAGUCUUUUAUAUACCAUUUUUAAUAUACUUCCUGAAAUGAAGCUUCAGAAAGGUACACUGCCUCUUUAAAAUUAGUCUAGGAACUACAGGUAGUUCACAUUAUUUUUAAAAUAAUAAAUCUCUAUAUAUAUCUAUAUUAAAAUAUAUAUGUAUACAUAAGUUGGCUAGCCUGCCUUGUGGAAAGGCUGCAGCUAAACUAAGUCUGAGCUAAUAUUGUAUUACCAUGGUCUUCUGGUUUGUAGAUAGCCCUUCCUUAUUAGAUGAGGUUCUGUUCUUGCUCCACAGAAGGUGCCUGUGUAUAUAACUCCUUUGUAUUGCUUUCUGCAGAGUCCCUUAUAUAUUUCUUACUACUAAUGCUGUGUAGAAAAGGAAAUCCAGAGAUUUUACUACUGAUAAUUAACCAUAUAAUGGCCAUUAGCAAAAUAAAGAUUUAGUUGUUUGGGAAACAGAUUAUUUAUAUUGUGUAUGGUUUAUUGCCUGAUAACUUGUUUGGUGACUGGAUAUUCUUUUCCUUCUCCUGGUCCUUUUCUGCUUUUUCCAGCUAUGGUGUUUACUCCUCACUUUGAUUAU